AUGGACAGAAAGAAGGAUGCCACAAAGCCCAAAGACCGGCCAAGCCAAGAUCUUCAAUCCAUCGGGGGAUACGCUCCAGAUGGCCAAACAACCUUGCAUAUAGUUGUCAAGACGUUCGGGGGCGGGACCUUCCAAGCAUUCGUUCGACCUUCCGAUGCGAUAUUGGUUAUCAAGAAACAACUAGAGGUCCACGAAUGUAUACCUGUCACCCAGCAGCGCCUCUUCUUCGCAAGACAGCAGCUAGAAGAUAGGUGUUCCGUAGAAUCCUACAACAUCCAAGAUGGCAGUGUCCUCAAUCUGUUAAUCCUUUCUCAUGGGUACGAGCAAGAUUUUAUUACUGUCAAAACUUUGAGUGGCUUAACCGUAGACAUCAUUGAGAGUUCCAAUUACAAUGAGACCAUCGCAGAGUGUAAGAGCAAGCUUCAUAAUGAGCAAGGAAUCCCUCUCAAGGAUCAGGGCUUAUUCUACGCUGGAAACCAAUUGGAAGACAGCAAGACAUUGGCGCACUACAAUAUACAAAAGGGAAGCACCAUUCAUCUAGUUCCUCUUAUCAACACAAUCCUUGUCAAGACAUUGACGGGAAAGACGAUUACCAUCCAUAACUUCACCUGGAAUGACACCAUUGCAGAGUUCAAGAAAAAAAUCGAGACGGAGCAAUUCCUCAAAACAGGAGAAGGAAUCCCUCCCAAGGAUCAGCACUUAGUCUAUGCGGGAAUACAAUUGGAUUACGGCGGCAAAACAAUGUCAUACCGGUAUGCGGGAAUACAAUUGGGAGACAGCAAAACGUUGGCGCACUACAAGACAUACUACAAUAUGAAGACGGGGAGCACUAUUCGUUUGGUUAAUCGAGAAGUUGGUCACGUUUUCUCUCUGAUAUGUGAGAUUAAUUCCAUGGGUCAAAAAGCGGGUUCCUCCAAGAAGGCUGUGAGAGAGGCCGCUGCCCGGGUAUCAGCGAUGAUCCCAAUCUUGAAUGAAAUCCUUGAUGAGGACGCAAACGAGCUGCGGCCCUUUGUGGCCGUGCUACUAAGAAAUCUGCUCCUCUUCAAGGUGCGCAGUAAGCCCUUCGUGUUCUUGAUGAGAGCCAGAACGCUUCGGGAGGAGCUUAUGGGGCUUUGCCAGACAAUGGAGGUUUCGAUGGAGGCUGUUCGAAUUCGGAAAAAAGGAAACUCACCGCAACCACCACCAGAUUCAGAGUCAAGUGAUGGUUCAGUCAAAUCUCUGGCACCCAUCAGCGCUGCAACUGGCGAAAAUUCGGAAGAAGUCCUCCUUGUGGUCGAAAUUGUAGCGGGGCGAAACUUAUUGAUUGGCGGCAAACAUAGCUCUGAUCCCUACGUCACAGUCAUGAUGGGCGAGGACCAAAUUCACAAGACAAAACAUAUCAACAAGACGAAGAACCCAAUCUACACGCCUGAAACAGAAUCAACUUUUCUCCUGGAUUGCCCUGCAACCGAUCUUUCCCGAGCUGUUGUGUCUCAUCUCAAUUUGACCAAAGGCACUGGCCAAGGAAUGGAAUUCAUGGUUGAGCCUCCAAAUGGAGUCGCCAAGGAACCAGGAGAUGCUCGAUACUUACUCAUUCGAUGCCGAAAGGCGAGCAAGGCGGAUGCCGAAUUCCUGAAGCAUCCGCAUCAUGCACCAAAGAAUAUGUUCCCAACAACAACAAAGGAAGCAGCUUCGUCUGCCUGGUCCUUUUUGGAGAAGCAGUUAGAAGAGGCAGUUGAAGUUGUAGGAGCACCACCAGUACCUUCUCCGGAAGAAGAGCGGGCGGCUGCUGCCGAAAUCAAAGAAACCAAACGACGGGAAAGGACAGAGGCGGUACUGAACAAAAUGCGGCCCUUUGUGGCCGUGCUACUAAGAAAUCUGCUCCUCUUCAAGGUGCGCAGUAAGCCCUUCGUGUUCUUGAUGAGAGCCCGAACGCUUCGGGAGGAGCUUAUGGGGCCCUGCCAGACAAUGGAGGUUUCGAUGGAGGCUGUUCGAAUUCGGAAAAAAGGAAACUCACCGCAACCACCACCAGAUUCAGAGUCAAGUGAUGGUUCGGUCAAAUCUCUGGCACCCAUCAGCGCUGCAACUGGCGAAAAUUCGGAAGAAGUCCUCCUUGUGGUCGAAAUUGUAGCGGGACGAAACUUAUUGAUUGGCGGCAAACAUAGCUCUGAUCCCUACGUCACAGUCAUGAUGGGCGAGGACCAAAUUCACAAGACAAAACAUAUCAACAAGACGAAGAACCCAAUCUACACGCCUGAAACAGAAUCAACUUUUCUCCUGGAUUGCCCUGCAACCGAUCUUUCCCAGGUGGGUGGAUUGCACUUCAUUGUGAAGGAUUGGGACCGCAUUACCAACGAUGAACUAGGUAGAGCUGUUGUGUCUCAUCUCAAUUUGACCAAAGGCACUGGCCAAGGAAUGGAAUUCAUGGUUGAGCCUCCAAAUGGAGUCGCCAAGGAACCAGGAGAUGCUGGAUACUUACUCAUUCGAUGCCGAAAGGCGAGCAAGGCGGAUGCCGAAUUCCUGAAGCAUCCGCAUCAUGCACCAAAGAAUAUGUUCCCAACAACAACAAAGGAAGCAGCUUCGUCUGCCUGGUCCUUUUUGGAGAAGCAGUUAGAAGAGGCAGUUGAAGUUGUAGGAGCACCACCAGUACCUUCUCCGGAAGAAGAGCGGGCGGCUGCUGCCGAAAUCAAAGAAACCAAACGACGGGAAAGGACAGAGGCGGUACUGAACAAAAUGGAUGAGAUGCAGCGCCGUGCGGCCAUGGCUGAGGAAUUGGCCGACAUGCAAGCUCAACGCAUUCAAAAAAUUGGCCGGAUGUCUGCAGCAAAGCAGGAAUCCUCCCCAAUCGCCACAGCUACGGCGGAGGCGAUGCGGCCAUCUUCGAUCGUAACCUCAACGAACAAUGUAGAUAAACGAAGAGAAGAACCAAAGCAGGAAUCCUCCCCAAUCGCCACAGCUGCAGGCAAAAUCGAAACUGAGGGGGUGCCUGGUGGAGACGGCGGAUCAAAGAAUACCACCGCAGCUGCCGCUUCAGGACUACCAAAAGACGGCACCCAGCGGCUGAAGAAACCUCCAGACUGGAAUUCUCUCGGUGGGGACAUGGAGACCAUCGGUCAAUGGACGGCCAUAUUGGAACACCUGAAGCACCAAAUCAACCCAGAGAGGAAGAUCAGCCAAUUCACGCCAAUACCCCAGCGAUAUACCGGAAACAGGGUUGCGAUGAAAUACCACAGAACGUUCGAGGAUUGCCUUUAUACCACGGUAUCUGUCAUGAGGAUUCAGUCGCAGAGCUUGGGGCUUCCCCAGCCCAGCUUCGUGUCAGGCUUGAUUCGUGUUUCCUCUCAAACUGCUGGCGGGGUUGGCGGCUUGCUGCUUCCGCUGAUAGGGGAAAUGAUGGCUUCGAUCAUUGGUAGACGCCAUGCGGCGGCUUGCGUUGACAGUGCAAUCAGCUUUUUAGAGGCUUUGCCUGCAUCUGACGGUGUUCGCUUGGACCAAUUCAUCACGAAGUUGUCGUCGACGAUGGUGCACAUGCAAGUGGAAAGGGCCAAGGACAGGACUAUCGACAGAGUUCUAUCGGGGUUGGAGAUUGGGGUAAUCCCGCAAUCGGCUUCAGCAAACGGCACGGGGAAGUCUAUUGGUGAACGGAUGCGCAUCCUGGUCCAGACAUGGCAGGAGUCCAUAAAGAAAAAGGCACGGGCCAUGAAACUAGAAGCAAGAAUGACCACAGAAAACGAUCCUGACAAAGCGGCAGCUGUGGUCCAUGCGGGGCUCAUCGCACGGGCCAUGGUUGAAAAUUUUGAGUCGAUGCAGAACCUCAAGGUUGAACAGACACCAGAGCAAGCAGCCCUGUACUUGCUCCAAACAAUGAACUUCCCAUUCAACUCACCACAACAGAAGACGACGCCGGGAGGAACGACAGGUCCUGCAGCAGCACAGGCAAUCGCGCCACCCCAGGCUUCAUCGCCCACCACAACCAAGAGCAGCCCGACAGCAGCGACAAUCCACACAGACAAAAAGAAAGACGGCCAGACCGAGGCUCCUCCUCAGGUGGACUUGGCCAAGUUCCUUUCAGAGUUUCAGGACAUGAAAGAAAAGUUGGAGCGCCUGGAGAAAGAAAAAGAAGAGGGGUGGAAGCCCACUGAACAAGGCCAAAACAGAGUUCGCCGAACAGUGGAUCGUACUCAAGUGUUGAAUCUGGGGGUGGGGGUGGCAGCCACUUCAUCAUCGUCAGAUGUGGCCUGUUCCUACAGACCGGAUACACCACCAGAAGUCUCCGAUCAACGCCAGCAACUGUUUGGUGGGCUCCCUGAGGAGCAGCAAAGCAACACCGAGGCAGUCCUCAGCAGCCUCAAUGGCGAGAUCCAACAGGUGAAAGAACGACUUGAAUAUGUCGAAGAACAGAGUUCUGAGACGGAGGCUUUGGUGAGGGAUCAUCUUCUAGCGGCAGACUUGAAAGAAAUGAAGAGACGGGUAAAGUUGGCAAAGAAGAUCGUCCGUAACAACGCCGUCUCGAACCCCCAAGAGGAGCCGUCCGACCUUGGGUUUCAAACAACCACGCCAGAGGAGGGAGGUGGAUCCUACCCCGUGCGAUCCACCCGAAGGUAUUCGCAGCAACAUUGGUCAGACAGCAGCAAUCGCGUGCCUGGCCUCAGCAAGAGUGACGGUGAGGACGAUGCUUCUUUGCCAACACCAGCAGCGGCAUCCAAGACCACUGGCACUGGAGAAGAUGAUGCCAUCCCUAUUGACAAGUCCAAGAGUACUCGAGUCGACAGUCCCAGAUCCGGCAGCGAGAGAGGGCAUAGUAAUGCAGCAGCGUCCAAGAGCCCUCGAGAUGAUGAUGCUGAAUCGAUUGAAUCAUUCGAAUCCUUUGCGAAACAUGGUCACUUUUGCUGGUUUGCCUACACCGUGACAUUAGUUCUACCGUACCGGAUUCGAUUCAAUUCAGAAGCAUAA